AUGAGCAUAAUAAUCACUGCUCGCUUCUUGAGUCGAGAUCAGAGGGCUCAGGGCGCCUCUGAGGGACCUGCGGGCGCCGACGUUGAGGCUGGUGCUUCUGGCUCGCCGCUGCUCACGCCAGACGCCGGGGCCCCCCUCGACGCCCACGGGGGUUUAAGUGCGUCGGCUCUGGAAGGGAACGGCAGCUUGACGAGCGCGGUUCUGGGGCUAGAUUCCGGGGAUUACGCGACCCCCGACCGCUACGGCGAUCUUGGAAGCGACAGAGAUGCUGCAGCCCCUGAUGCCUUUCCUUCCGCCGUCGACUUGGCGGCUUUCAACCUCUCUGAGGCGACGAGCGCGAGCUCCGACGUCUCCUUCGCCCCCGCCGGUGCCUCUGCGGCCGCCUUCGCCGACGGCCCCUUCGCCUCGGCGACCGCCACCGCUCCGUCGCCGCCCCUGCCGACUGCCUCCCCUCUGACGACUGCGCCGGAGCAGGUGACGUCGCCCUUCCUCGCCACCGCGCCUCCGACGCCCAGUUUGCCCUUCAACCUCUCUCUGGGGACCUGCCUCGACCACCUCACGGCCGUCCUCUCCCCCACGGGCUCCGGCUCGGCCCCCGGCGCCGCCCUCGUCGGCCUCAACACCAUCGCCUCCACCAGGAACCUCAGCUACCUCAAUGCGACCUCCUCGCCGACUCUGCACAACCUCUCCUCCUUCCUGUGCAGCAACGCCUCCUCCUCCUCGCCGCCCCCCGCCGCCGGCAGCGGGCCGAUGGGCCUCGGGGGGGCAGGGCCUCUGGCGGACGAGGCGAGGGAGGACGAGGCCUUCCUCUUCGACAGGAGCGACGUGAGGGGCGUCCUCAUCGCCCUCUACACGAUGGUCUUCAUCACGGGCUUCGUGGGCAACCUGGUGGUGCUGGUGGUGAUGUGGGUGCACCCGCGCAUGCGCUCCACCACCAACUUCUUCCUCACCAACCUCGCCAUCGCCGACUUCUGCGUCACAGUCUUCUGCGUCUACCAGAAUCUGUCGCUCUACCUCGCCAGGACGUGA